AUGCCCGCCCCCUCCCCCUCCCAACGCGACGCGGUUGACAACCACCACUCUUCGGCUGCGUCGCACCAGUAUGGCACUCGAACCCGGUCCAAUUCCAUUAUGCGACCCUCGGCUCGUCUCAGGCAGUCCCCAGAUCCGCCCCCGCCACCCCGGAGGAUACGCCCUGCUCCGACAGCCGGCCCAAAGUCCAAGCCUAUGCCACAUGAUUCACCCAAGCCUGAUAUGCCUGCCUUUCCUCCGCCUCACGUUAUGCUACACCCAGAUGAUUUGAACAGUAAAGUAUUCAUUGCUAUUGGCCGCUGCUUCCUCUCCGUUGAUAAUCGUGCGAUGACAAUUAAGGACCUUGCUGAAAUGACCCUUCGCUUUGGACUGAGCUGCCAGAAUGCGUCCGCAGCCGGACAGGCUAUCACGACUUACAUCCGUGCUCACAUGCAACGUUGCGAGGCGCAGCAAGAUCAUCCCCUUCUCCUUCGUCACCCUCUCUCAGGUACGCCUUCUGACGACGACCUCGUGGAAGCACUCCACUCCCGUUCCGGCGGUGCCCAUUGCCCAGGUCCACUGGACAAGAGGGUUACAAACUUCCGGAAGGGUACUAUGGUGUGGUACUUGAGUAAAGCGGCUGGUGCCCCAUGCCCUUUCGCGAGGGCGGGUAUUCGAAUUUGCGAGUACAACGAGAAUGGGAAAGUGGACCAGCAGCCGAGAGACGCACGGGAGAAGAAACGAGAGCGAGACAGGGCUAGGAGAGCUGCUCAGUGUGGACAGAAACGUAAGAGGCCGCUCCGUUCAUGCGCAAGCAAGAGAGCGUCGGAUUCGGAAUCUUCGAGUGAUGAAGAAGAACGAAGGCCUCCCAAAAUCAAACUGACUCUGCGCCUUAGGCCUAGUCUCGUAUCCUCAUCGCCCGAGUCCUCUGCUGCUCCGUCCACGUCUGCACCUACCCCUGCGCCUGCUGAAAGUCGCUCACCAGAGCCAACCCAGAGUGUCAUCGACUUGUCGAAAGAGUCAGAAUCGGAGUCGGCAGAGGAUGAUGACGACGACGAAGAAAUGUCUGUGGAUUCCUCUGAUGACGACGAACUUGAGUCAGACGAGGAGCCAGAAGAGGAAUGGUCUAUGCAGCCUCUGCCAGCUGCGACGCCUCGCUACAGUCAUCCAUGCGCUUCUUAUGACAUGGACUACCGACGUUCACCUUCUGUCGCCAACAGUGAUGCAUCGCCACCGCCCGACUCAGAAGAGGACGAAGAUUUCCACACCAGCAUGACGGGGAAUCGCUGGGACUAUGACGAUGACAUGGAAUGGGAUCUUGAAGACGAAGAAGAUCCCGACACGGACGCUCGUAGUCCGGGUCCUCGAUCCCCGUCUGUCCGCUCCGUUCUUGACCACCUCGAAGGCGUUGUUGUCAAGCAGGAGCCCACGGACGUCGGAGGCAUGCUCGACGCAUGGGAGCAUCUCGACAAUGCGGAUAGGAUUGUGAAAAUCAUAACCCAAGCGGCUGCCGAGUCCGCAGGUAUCACAGAUUAUGAAGUGCCGCCCGUCAAACUGGAGGCACUGAAUUUCUGGGACUGGGACCAACAGGGAAGCCCUAGUUGGGAUCCCAGUUCGCCUUGCCUGGAGGAUGCUAUCCGUAUCAAGCAGGAGGAAGAGGAGUAUUUUGGUCGAGUUUCGCCUGCGACAUCUGCAGUCGAGCAUGAAGAUGAUUUCAACUGCGCGUCUCCUCUGACCCCGCUAUCUGCCCUGUCUCCUAUUGCUGUCGAGAACUAUGCUGCUCUGCGGCGAUCGACUGAGUUGUCUUGGGCGGAUGCAGAGCUCUUGGGCCCUGAUUCCGUUCAUCCACGAGACUUCGAGGACGAUGAAUGGGAUCGAGGCAAAUAUCACGCUAAGGAUAGCGAGGAAUCUGGUGACGUUACGGUGAAAGCAUCCGUGUCUCCGCUACCUGAAGACAACUUUUCCGACUCUCCCGAAGCCGAAGCUCAGCAGUCUCCUGCAGCCACGUCGCCGCAUCCCGUGGUUGAGCAUGCUGCUAUGGCGAUUGAGGCUGAGGAUGAUAGUCAUUCCUCGAGAUCACCCUCGUUGUCCGCAUCUGUUCGCACUGAUACUUCACCGGAGCCCUUGAAGAGCCCGGCUGCUCGCAUCGUCCCCCUCAAGGCGGAUAUCAAACAGCAGAGUGAGCCAGUACAGCCUCAAGUUGUUGUGGUGCGCACAUGUGAACCAUGCAACCCUCCCGUUUGGGCUACUGAAGUUGAGGGCAUCUCCGUUUAUCAAAUGACGCUCGGCAUAUCAUCACUACUACGACGAAUCGACACGGAUUUCGUCAAUUUGUCGCCUAUCGCAAAGCACAUCGGUGCUCCUCUCCCCGCUACGAAAUUAAUACCUAAUGCCAUGGUGAUCAGCCGUGGGUCGCCCAUUAUUCUCGGCACAUGGGUCCCUCUGGCUUCUGCCCAGAGCUUCAUUCGCGAGCAUCCCUUGCCUGGCGCCCCGCUCGAUAUAUUCCUUUCGGACGUCUUGUAUGAGCGCUUCCCAAAGGCUCUGCAUGACUUCCACAAAUCGAACCCUAAUCGGCGCCUACUUAAUCAUUUCGGCCCGCACUUCCGCUCCACCCUGGAACUUCGAUUACAGACGUCGUCGUCGAAGGAUCCAUUUGAUUCGAAUCCGUGGGAUAUGGAGGAGAGUCAUGAGUGGAAGAUUGAAGACCACCUUAUGGCGGUUCACACGCCGUACAUGCUGCUCACCGCCAGUGGUCCUCUUCUCCAGGAAGACGCUGGUCUGGCCGAGACUCCCCUCAGCCCGACUGAGCAAGAGAUGUUCCAUACCUUGUGUGCCGCCCCUGAUUGGGAUGAUGGCGCCUCGGCGAAGGACGUUCCCGAGGUGGAUCAAGACGAGGAGCGUGCAGAGUCCGAGCCUGCUGAGGAGGAGAAGCCCGCCCGCCGCCAACAGCGACCGCUUCGGCGCUCCAAGCGAGUUGCAAAUGCCAUCGCAGCCCGCUCUCGGACGCGGUCGAGCAAGAGGGCGUCCCGUGGUUCGCUUUCAUAAUUCAGAAUGUCUAACUUACGAAAUCCCUACUCGGUUAGCCUAUCGUUUCUCACUGUAUUCGUGUUUUCUCACUCGUCUCUGUUCGAAUCACUUAUGACCUUCGUCUUCAACCGUCUAGAUUUGUAUCAGUUACUCGUUUCCUCGCACAGAACUCCUUUUGUUGGUUCUUCGCCUCGAUGAUUGACGAGUCCGCUGCCUCCCGCCCGCGUCUUGUUGCGGGCGGUCGUAAUAUUAUUCUUGGGUCUCGGUUCGUUUCUCCCCUCAGAAAGUACUUUCGAAGCUGUUUAGUCGCUGUAUGAUACGUUAUUACGAAUAAAUGAAGCCACUGUAC